AGUUGACUGCAAGUUAAGCAACUCUCGACUCUAUUGGUGCUGUUAGUGAUCGACGAACUUCCCUCUGCCAGUUGAUAGUACCAGUCCUUACUUGACUCAACUAAACUGUUCCCAACUCACAGUCAACUACUAACUUGCAGUGCAGUUGCUUUCACCAUAAACUUCAUUAGUCAUGAGGAGUGCUGUGUAACAGUGUGUUUGUGACUGACUCUCGCUGUUUGUGUGUUGACAUUCAGUUAGUUGACGAUGAGUUCGAGCCCUACGCGAACCAACUUUCAAUCCAUACCAUUGCUUAAGCCAUCGGCAAUCAAGGACCCGGCCAUGCAUUUCCCGCCCGUCACCAUACCGUCUAUGUGUUUCCCGUUUCCUGCAAUAUAUGGCCAGAAUCCGUAUUCGGGACUCGUUGGCAACAAUUUGUCAACAUUUCUGUCCCCACACGCCAUCGCUCGUCAAAUGUCUUUUCUCGGCAACACUUUUUCACACAAUCUUUCGGCCAUUGGAUCUAAAGGUUGUUGUCGAUCGCCAUCUCAUCCGUUGACGUGUCGAUCGCCGUCUCAAUCGCUGACCUGUCGAUCGUCGCCACAAUCAUUGUCGUGUCGGUCGCCGUCCCAACCGUUGACGUGUCCGCUGUGCUCCAUAUCUUUAGAAGGAGUAGACAUCAGAAGUCAUUUUUAUGAAGAGGUCUGCAAAGUGGAAACACAGAGAAAAUUACAUGAUUUUGCAUACAUUCCGAGCGAUUCAUCUGAAAGUAAUGAACAGCAUUUUGAAUCAAGAAGUUGUUCAUCAUAUCAGAAAAAGUUGCCGUAUUCGCGAUGGGAGACAUUUCAAAGGGUUAGGCAAAAUCGUCACUCAAGGCUAACAGCAAUUAUAAGACAAACGAGAAAAAAGUUUGAAUCCGAGUCCGACUUCAGGACAGAGAGUGUGGGACAACCUUUGACUCCUCUGAGGAACGACUCUUCCAUUUGGAACAACGGUUCAGAUGUGAGCACCACAUCUCAGCGUGUGGAGGAUGAGGAGGACAAUGACUCGUCGUCUGAAAACAAUGUCGAUGUAGUGUCCGAUUUGGCAGAUAAUGACAAAGAGAUGAUUGACUGCGACAAGUCUAGUGAGGCCUCUAAUAGUGGUCACCAUAAUUGGGACACCGGUGGACAAGAAGCCAAAUCUGGCAGUGAUGUGACAGAUGGUGACGAUAUAAAGCCACUCGAAAAUGGAUUAGUAUCUCAACAGUCAAAUAUUCACAAUAACAGUGAUACAAUGGACAGCAGAUUUUCACGAAAUCAUUUACUGAUCGACAAACUUGACCAGCGAUUUGCGGAAUCGUCGGAAUCGCCCGAAAAACGCCAUCGCAUCUAAAGGAAUAGACACCGAUUCUACCACUCUUUAUGGCCGACAAUUGUUUAACUACAGUCUAACGUACCCUUAAAUACAACAACAACAACACCUGUAUCUUAUCCAAACAGCAUAUCAUCAAAACAGUGCUGACAACUGAUUAUAUAUAUAAAUCCUAUGUGUGUAUAAAUAUAUAGAUAUAUGGCAUAACUUGUCGCGUGUUGACAACCAUUUGUGUGCAAAUACAGUACACAUAACUAACCGAUUGAUUGCAUUAACACUAAACUUAUUGAUGACUAAAACAUCUGUAACUCAUUUUUUUUGACUCAUUUCACUCGUGUGUCUGCCGUCUAACUUCUCCUUAUAUAUAUUAUUCGUGUGUUAAGUUAUAAAUGUCUUAAAUAACUGCUAUAAGUCGAAACUUUACUCACAAAUUGCGAUAAAAAUUAGUCUUUUUGAGCCAUAGACUCAAUUGGCUAAUAGAGAGAGAGAGAGAGAGAGAGAGCACUGACACCUAAUUGAUAGUUUAUUUGGAUAAUUGCUAUUUUAGCUAAUCUCCCACUUUCUCUCUAUUUUUCUCAUUAUAUCUAAUGUAUAUAAGUAUAUGUCUAUAUCCAAGUUAUAGCAGUUUUUGUUUUU